AUGUCCGACGAUGGUUCGUGUCGGUCUGUGUUGGGUCAGCUUUUCGACUACGUAAGUGGAAGUAAUGCCUGGAACGUCAGUCAAAAUAAACAGUCAGCAUGUCCUUCGAAACGUAAAAAGUUGGAAGAAGAAGAUAGAGCAAGGCAAAGAUUAGCAGAAGGAGAAGGAUCAGAAUCACAAUCUUCGGAGGACAAAUCGAAGGAUUCUCACGAUGACAAAUUACCAUACACACCUCCUAGUAAAAUGUGUCCAACUGUGAAAUCUUGUUGCUACAUUAAAAUGCAGGAUCCUUGUGCACCUUGUUGCUGCGAUACGAAGCCGAAGCUGCCGCCUUGUCCGCCCAAAUAUGGUCCUCAAGAACCACGUCGGCCGAUAUGCGGUUGUGAUCUUUGCCAGAAAAAUCCUGACAACGACAGAUGUUGCGACAGGAAUAGAGGUUUUCGCGGUAUAAGCCUCGAUCCAAGAUACUUCGAGAAAGCAUGA